GUCUUCUCCGGUAACACGUCUGUCUCUCUAUAAUAAUCCUCUCUGCUCAAUCUCCAACUUCAGUUCGGCCAAAGCGAACUUUCAUCGACUACUGCCGUUUCUCUCCGACACCAGCUCCUAGGCGUUGCAGAUAUGGGUUUUAGUAAGGAGUACGAGUUCUUGACGGAGAUUGGUAUCGAGCCGAAGAAUUCUGGUAGCUUUGUUAACGGUACCUGGAAGGGAAGUGGUUCAGUUGUCUCAUCUGUUAAUCCUGCUAAGAAUCAGACCAUUGCUGAAGUCGUAGAAGCUUCUUCUCAAGAUUAUGAGGAAGGCAUGCAGGCUUGUGUUGAAGCAUCAAAGAUUUGGAUGCAACUUCCUGCACCAAACCGAGGCGAGAUUGUUAGACAGAUUGGUGAUGCACUGAGAGCCAAGCUUCAGUACCUUGGUCGGCUUUUAUCACUUGAGAUGGGAAAAAUUCUUCCAGAAGGCAUAGGGGAAGUUCAAGAAGUUAUUGAUAUGUGCGAUUUUGCAGUGGGGUUAAGCCGUCAAUUAAAUGGAUCGGUCAUACCUUCUGAACGUCCAAAUCAUAUGAUGCUCGAGAUGUGGAAUCCUCUUGGAAUAGUUGGGGUCAUUACAGCCUUCAAUUUUCCCUGUGCUGUUCUUGGAUGGAAUGCCUGCAUUGCUCUUGUCUGCGGAAAUUGUGUUGUUUGGAAAGGUGCUCCAACCACUCCUUUAAUAACAAUAGCAAUGACCAAGCUAGUUGGAGAAGUUCUAGAAAAGAACAGUUUACCAGCUGCUAUUUUCACUGCAUUUUGUGGGGGUGCUGAAAUCGGUCAAGCUAUAGCACAAGACACACGAAUACCCUUAGUUUCCUUCACUGGAAGUUCAAAGGUUGGUCUUAUGGUUCAACAGACGGUGAGUCAGAGGUUCGGUAAAUGCCUGCUUGAAUUGAGUGGAAAUAAUGCUUUAAUCGUAAUGGAUGAUGCCGACAUCAAACUUGCUGUUCGUUCUGUCUUGUUUGCUGCUGUUGGUACAGCUGGUCAGCGCUGCACAACAUGUCGUAGACUGCUUGUACAUGAAAAGAUUUACGACUCUGUAGUUGAUCAACUACUUGAAGCAUACAAACAAGUUAAAAUUGGUGAUCCUUUAGACAAAGGUACCUUACUUGGACCUUUGCACACAAAAGCAUCAAGGGAGAAUUUUGAAAAAGGAAUAAAAGCUAUCAAGUCUCAGGGAGGGAAAAUCCUUACAGGUGGUUCCAUUAUAGAAUCUGAAGGGAACUUUGUACAACCCACAAUUGUUGAAAUUUCACCGAGUGCUGAUAUUGUGAAGGAAGAGCUCUUUGGUCCCGUUCUAUAUGUCUUAAAAUUCAAGAAUUUUCAAGAAGCUGUUGAAAUAAACAACUCAGUACCUCAAGGGUUAUCGAGUUCUAUAUUCACUCGCUCGCCCGAGAUUAUCUUCAAAUGGAUCGGACCUCAAGGAAGUGAUUGUGGUAUUGUUAAUGUAAACAUACCAACCAAUGGUGCUGAAAUUGGUGGUGCUUUCGGUGGCGAGAAGGGUACUGGGGGAGGCCGUGAAGCAGGAAGCGACUCGUGGAAACAGUAUAUGAGACGUUCCACUUGUACGAUCAACUAUGGGAGCGAACUACCACUGGCACAGGGGAUCAACUUCGGCUAAGCCAGCCAGCCGGCCGGCUUUAUAUCAAGUACAUUUAGUGGCGUUUGUUAUUUAAAAGCUGUUAAUCUUGGCCCUUUUGAAACUAAUAUUAGUUUUGACCCAGGGAAAACGCAGCUGAGCGUAAGCCAGGCAGGGGGCUUUGUUGACUUAACUACUAGUUGUUGUUUAAAUGUUGAAACGAUACGGUUAAAUAAAGGUACUUCACAUUUACUCAAUUGGAGCCGUGUAAUUAAAUUGUGAUUUGCUCCAUGAUCCAAAUCGUGGUGCUUUUAGUUUGAGGGGCGUUUGGUUCGUUUCAGGUAUUGGGAAUGUUUGGAAAUGAAAAUGAGAAUACGCUUUAGUUCUACUCAA